CAUCUUGUCAAUGUCCAUAUAUUUAUCACACAGUUUCAACAGAAAUUUGACCUACGAACAACUAUGCUGUACAUCUGUGAAAGAAAUUUCCAGAAAGUUUGUGGGAAAAGUUUGUUCACAGGUCUAAGAGCGACUACACAUUUUGGACGCCCUCAGUUCGAGGAAUUCUUCAAAUCCUUACAUCAUGAACAUCCCACCGCGAAACAAGUGGGUGUUUUCAGUUGUGGACCGCCACCAAUGACAUUAAAUGUUGACAAAGCAUGUUCAGCUAUGAACAAGUACGAUGAUUUCCCCACUUAUUCCCACCACUUCGAAAACUUUUAGAUGUUUUGUAUAACUGAACAUUUUUGUGCUUCUGAAGACGUUUAGAUCUACUUAAUGUGUUCGGCUGAUUCAGAUGUAGAAAUAGAAUAAACUAUGAUAUACAAUAUAUAAUAUUAUAUAAUGUUACAUUAUAUUUUUCUUGCUCAACAUAGACAGGCUCAUCUCAUCAAUGACGUCAUUUGAUACAAGCUGCACAGCAUGAUAUAUUAAUGAAAAAAUAAUCCUAUCUAAUUUCAUAGUGCAUCAUGUAAGAAAAGUCAGUUACAAGGUCAUCUGAUUUCAUUGACACUUUUACAAUACAUGGUAAAGAUACUCUACAUACAUUGUAUGUUUUAUGUUACACCACUGACUGUUGGACACCAUUUAUUAUAGCUUUAUUUUUAAAUAUUAUAUUGUUUUAUUACUUUUCAUAAGAUACAGUUUAAGACAUUUUUGUUAGAUCCGAAAAACAUUCCAGGACAGGCUUAUAGUGUAUGUAGUCUAUCUAUCUUCCAUUAAUGUCACAACCCUCGCUGGGACGUAGACUUGUCUGCAAGUCAAUAGAACAGAUUCCCUGUCAUCUUAUUUAUAAAAUUUGAUAUAAUCUUAUUACUUAUUUAAUAUAAUCUUAUUAUAACCUGGUUUCGUGGGAUGUAAAUAUCAGCUUUAACAGGAUUUAUGCUCGUGCUACCAUUAAUUACCAUGUACUAUGUCACGUGGUCUUUCAUAGUGUCCUUUAUAUAUAUUUGUUAGUUUUAAGGAUCAAAAUACUUGUUUUUAUUAUACUCUCAUUAAUGACGUUUAUAGCAAAUAUUUCGACUUUAUUCUCGUGUAUCAUGUAUCUAUCUCACUAUUAACAUAGAUUUUCAAGCAAUUUUCGUUUUUUGUGGUUUCAGAGCAUAAUCGUUGUAUAAUUAUAUUAGCUGUGUAGCUAAGGGAGACAAAUCUGCAGUGCAUGAAAUACUUAUGUUUUGUGGUCUAGAGAGUUGUCACCCUUAGAAGAAGUAAAAAUACAAUCUCCUGUAAUUCUAUUUUGGAAUAGCUAUACAUGUAUUUUAUGUUUAUAUUGUGUAUUUUUAAUAAUAUGUUUAUAUGUAUAUAUGAGACUGAAAUAGAAUAAAAUGUAAAAUACAAUAAAUGUACACACACUGCCAUGUAUCAUCAAUAUCAUUGUAUGCUAUACGUUUGUCAUAAAAUAUGCCCAGAAAAAACGUAUUAUGAAUUGACGGCACUAAAUUUACAUAUUGUAGGUUGUUUUUUUGUCAUCAGUAUCAAGAAUGCUACGUACAUUUAACUCUUCGUCGAACAUUUAAACACAUUGAAGACACUACAUUUUGAUGGUUUUUAAGGUAAACUUGAUCUUUGUCUAAGUUAGGAGCGUACGUGAUGCACAAGCUAUUACGUACACUACCAUCUUUUGUUUUGGUAAUAAAAACCCGAGUGUGAUCCCUCGGAAGCAUAAAUAACAACAAAAUUACAUGAAAAUUGCAGACUCAUUUUAAUUGAUUUUGUACAUGACGGAUAAUGAAAACGUGCAACUUCCCUCACGCCCCCUAGAACCGGCUUGUGCGGUACUAAAUUUUAGGCUAAAAAGUGGCGGAAUUAAUCAUCCCGAAGAACCAGAAAGAUACAAUCAUUCACAAGGUUUCUUUUUUAUCACGCGAAAAAACGGAAAAUCAUUAAAAAAAACUCAUGUCGCAAAACCUCAUUAAGCGAUGCUUCUCAUAAUAACUGUGUUUUGUAAAUCAAACAAAAUAAAUUUAAGCUUUAAAACUAUAUUUUUAUGUUUUUAUUCUUGUCUAAUAAAAUUUUGUAAUCUUCAUGUGUGUUUUGUUUUCUGUUUAAUAUCAACUAUAACACUAUUUUCAACACAAGUAUCAUUAGACAAUUUCCUUAGUUAAUGUAAAUAAGACAUGAGUUUAAACAUAUAUUGUUACACCAAGUAAAAUAACAUAACGUGACGACUUCAUUAAAAAUGUUAGACGGAGCUUUGAUUAUGAUAGGUAGGUAGUAAUUAUUAAUUCUGCACAUGCCGUAUUGGACCAAUGUUUGCACAUCUCUUCAUACAAAAUUUUAAAACGUGUAGUUUAUACAUGUAUGUGAAAUGAUUUUUGUUGUUUUGCCAUAAUAAUUAAUGACGAAAAAUCUGAAUAGAAUUCACUGAUAAGAACAAAAAGUAAACAGAAAAAUCGAGAGAUACUAAUGAAUAUCAAUGAUCGCGAUACUAAGUUUUAUGUAUAAAUACUUUAACUUACUGAUAAAUGUGUUGUUCAACAGUCGGUUAGCGUAUCUGUUUUAAAAGAAGUGAUAUUUACCUUGAUAAUAUCUCGUUUUAAACAAAACAAAAACAUCUGAAAUAGGGAUGAUCACUUAACAGCAAUGAAGACAACAAUAUAACAUGUACUAUAAUAAAAUAAUACAGUCUCAGUUUGAUGUGAUCAUGUUUAAUUAAGUGUUUAAGUGCAACAUCUUAAACACCCUUUUGUACCGGCCUAGUCAGUUUACAACUUUCAACACUUGCGUCCUGGAAUCAAUGAAAGGACUAGAAAAAUAUAACAACAUAGGUGUGACCGGCAACUUUUAAUGCCUGCCACACGGCACUUGACACCUGCUGUUGUGAAGUAAACAAUUAUAUGAAAGGAGUGUAAAACACUAUCAAAACAAGGGAAUACACCUAUGAUGAACACAAUUGAGACAACUGGUGUUUUUGUUUUAACUAUUAUAUUCAGUACUUGAUGGGUUUUCAGAGAUUUUAAAUGAAAAUACUUAUCAUCCAAUGUCAAUGUAAAAAUCUUUAUUCAACAUUUUCCAUUAACACCUGACCAUAAAGACCCUGUGGCCAAAAUUCUAAACUAGGCGUUACCAGUUAUGCCCUUGCGUAAAGGAUAUAACGUAGAUUCAUAUUGAAUACAUUUUGUACUAGAAUAUUUGUAUUACCCCGAUAUAUUUUCUGAUAGAUAAAUGAUUCGUCCUCUUAAGCUUAUCAUUGGAAUUUAUGUCUAUUAUAAAUUUCAAUUAAGAACGUACAAAGUAAACAGUGCAAGGUGCAACAUAGAUGUAAAUCAUCGGAAAUUUUUUACUCGUUAUGCAUAGUGGAUCUACGUGUUAAUACAAAAUGGAGGUUUCUGGAAAAAAGCAGAAUAAACAUAACGAAGCACUUACAUAUUGUGAAAACUGUAAGAUUCACUUAUGUGGUGGAUGUGGUCAAACUCAUCGGACGGCAAGAACUUCAAGUUUUAAUAUUGUAAACAGUAGUCCUUCUGUUGGUGCCAAAGACCCGUUACCAACGUGCCCAGAACAUGAAAAGGAAACAGUUAAAUUUUACUGUGGACAACAUGAUAUGAUAGGAUGUGUAGCAUGCAUGAUAUCACAUAAAGAAUGCAAAACGGCUUACAUCCCUAAUAUUUCGGAACAGUUCUUGAAAAGUGAAGAAUUUUUUCAAUAUAAAGUAUUCUCAGAGGAACUUAAAACAAGAUUCGCAGACAGCAUGAGAAAAACAGAAGAAAAUACAUCCAUAGUUGAUAUAGCCUGCAGACAGGCUUUAGAUGUUGUUCAAAAUAUUAAAAAAGAAUUCAUUGAUAGUUUAGAAAAGUUUGAAAUUGAACUUCGCGAUGAAGUAAUGUCUUUUAAGAAUGCCAAUGAAGAUAAAUUGAUGAACAUUAAAUCUGAGCUGGACCAACUUCACAAAACAAAUUUAGAAACCGAAGCUUUGAUCGCCACGUUGGAGAAAGAAAACAAAUGCAACGCUCUCUUUUUUGAAGCAAAACGCGCAGAGAAAUACAUGGUGGAUUGCCAAGAGAGACUUUAUGAAAUAUCGACAAGAAAUAAAGUCAAAACAAUGUUAUUUCUUCCUUCAAAAGAUUUGGAAUCCUUGAUGAACAAAGAAAAAAUAUUUGGCAUCAUUGACAUAAUCGAUUUAAAAGCAGAUUCAUUUAACACCUUAGAAUAUUUCGAAAAGCAGCAUAUUGGUACAGUAAAUAUACAUUCGAAAGAGGAUAAGAAACCAUGUUACGCUGCAGGUCUUGCCUUCCUUUCUAAUGACAUUUUGGCUGUAGCAGACAAGAUGAACCAAAAUGUAAAACUAGUUGAUGUAAACCAAGACAACAUAGUGUCAGAAAUUACGGAUGUUAUUCACAAACUUCGUAUGAUCUUGGGUUAUUUAAUUGUUCUGUUAUCUUUAUUUAAAUUAUUAAACUUUUUAUUAAAAGACGUUAUGACCCUACUAUUUGAAGACAUACCGCAACACUUUUACAGUAAGACGCUACGCUUCCCUCUUUUGAUUACAUCUGACGGACCAAGUGGGAGACUCUAUGAUGGACAGUUCUUCAAGCCCUUUGGGACUGAAUUGCCUUAAUGUUCGUCUUCUGUCUUGCUUCGUUGGGCCCUUGUAGGCGAUUUUUUGUUGCUCUGUCUUUCUUAAAGACAUUGAGUUCUUUUGUUAUGGUCAAUGGGUUUUCUUUUAUAUCUUUCUACAUGAUCAUUUCAGUGUUCACCAUUUGUAAACAUAACAACUGUUAGAAUUUCACUUGGUGGGGAUUCAUUUUAUUUACACUGUCGCGUUUAUAGGAACAUGGUGCGGCUAAGAGUGAGGUUUGGUGAACCAUUAACCGGUUUAAACUCCCCAGCAGUACUUAUGCUGCUGACUGUUCCAAGGCGGCGCCCCUCAGUGUUCCUCGGAUGUAUGUCUUUGUUGUUUCAUACUGCUUUGGUGACAUAUUUGUCUGUGCCCCUUGUUGUAUUCUCGUCUACGGUAAGUAUCUUCCCUUUUACCCCUAGUUUUAUUUCUUUAAUUUUGCCCCCCCCCCUUCCUGCUGUGUCCUUGCUUUGGGAGCCAAUAAAUUAAUCACUUCUUUUUGUUUUCUUCGAUUUCUUUGUUAGUAACUAUUAUUUCUGCGUAUCAAUAAAGUGAUUAGCCUGUCCGUGUUCUG